AUGCAGAAAACUUACGUUCAGCAGUCAAUUGUAUCAGCAUUUCAAACACAAAGCGGUAAAUCGUGUUAUAUAAGCGUUUGCGUCUGAAAUUUUUUUAAACUCUUCUAGUUCCCGAUGCUGUCCAGAGCCUUUUUCAUCAUGAUAAAUGCAUGCAAAGCAUUUUUAAGGUACUCAGAUGGACAAAACACUGAAAACAGGAUGUUCCUACCAAGCUUGUCACACACUGUAAUGACCAAUUCACACCUCAGACCUCUCCCACCCUUGGAAACAAAAGAUAUGUUAAUGACCAUUCACACCUCAAAUUCCUCAUGA